AUGAAAGUGCUGUGCAGCUUGCUCGGGUUGUUGUCUGCAGUCGCUGCCAACACUGCGAGUCUGCCUGAUGCCGACCACAGUGCACUGGAGCAGCAAUUGACCAAGCCGAAUGCACUCUAUGGCCCGCUAGCGGAAGCCAACGGAUUCACCCCUGAAGCCAUCAACUCACACACAAACUUGGAACUAUCCCAUGAAACCUCCUUGCAAGGACAAACCGAGGCCGCUGAAACCCCAGUAGCCACGUUCAGCGAAGUCAACGCGCCGACUGACGAGGACGACUUGGAUUCUGACACCCCCGGAACAAGCCCCUCCAAUGUGCCUCGUACGAGUUCGCGUCGUCCGACUACGAAGUCUCCGAGUUCUAACGGUCCGCCGCUUCCCACGGCGCCUGUGUCACCGACGGACGACAAUGGCAAUAGUCCCUACCCGACUCGUGUGCCAACUCCGAACAGUCCGCCGCUUCCCACGGCCCCUGUGCCGUCGACGAGCUCACCAAUGGACGACGAUGGCAUCGACUGCGACGACGAUGACAAUAGUGACAAUGGUGACAAUGGUGACAAUGGUGACAAUGGUGACAAUGGUGACAAUGGUGACAAUGGUGACGACGACAUGGACUGCGACGACGAUGACAAUAGUGGCGAUGACAAUAGUGGCGAUGACAAUAGUGGCGAUGACGACGACGGGUUGGAUUGCGACGACGAUGAUGUCCCAGUCACGAACUCGCCUAAUUAA